AUGACAGAGAAAAGACCAGAUAUAGAGGCUCGUCCUGUCAAUGGACGACGCGAUGAUGCCUUGGAGUAUCUGGAUGAACAUGCCAAUGUCCAGGAUGAGGAGACCGUCGAUCUUCAGGCCCUGCGACGGAAGAUCGACUACCGCAUUAUUCCGUUCAUGUUCUGCUGCUAUGUUCUGCAGUUCCUCGACAAGGUCAUGCUCAAUUAUGCUGCCGUGAUGGGCAUCAAGAAGGACCUGAAAUUAGUUGGCAAUGAUUUCACCAAUGCGGCGACCUGGUUCUUCAUUGCGUACUUGAUCGCAGAGGCUCCGAACGUGAUUCUCCUGCAAAAGACUCCCCCGGCCAAAUGGCUUGGAGCCAAUGUCUUCCUCUGGGGCGUUGCAGCGGCUGCUUCUGCCGGCGCCCGUGACUAUCGUACUCUCUUGGUCUCGCGUAUCUUCCUCGGCAUUUUCGAAGCCACGAUCGGUCCUUCUCUGAUGCUGCUGAGCAGUCAGUACUACACCAAAAGCGAACAGGCGCCACGAUUCACACUGUGGUAUGUUGGUCUGGGAGUGGCGCAGAUCCUGGGUGGUCUGAUUUCCUUUGGCUUCCAGCAUGUGCACAACGCCUCGUUCCAAGGAUGGCGCGUCAUGUUUCUGGUUCUCGGGCUGAUUACGUCCCUUGUUGGCGCCCUGAGCUUCUUCUUCUUGCCCGACACGCCGAUGAAGGCAAAGUGGUUGACCGAGCGCGAGAAGGUCGCUCUUCUGAACCACGUCAGCGUCAACCAGACCGGUGUGUGGAGCAGUGCCGUCAACGUAAGACAAAUCUGGGAGUCUGUAUUGGACGUUCAGCUGUGGCUCCUCAUGCUCAUCACCAUGCUGAUCUCCGUCUCCAGCGGAGUGGUGACCUCUUACUCGGCGACUUUGAUUGCCGGAUUCGGUUUCUCCGGCCCCAACGCGGCCCUGCUCAAUAUGCCCUCCGGCAUUGUCAGCAUCUUCUUCACCCUCCUCGUCGGCAUCGGGAUCCGCCGAGUCUCCCACCGCUGGGCCUGGCUCAUCGCCUGCACCAUCCCCGGUAUCCUCGGCGGCGGUCUGCUCUCCUUCCUGCCCAAGCACAACAAAGCGGGUGUUCUGAUUGGAAUCUACCUCGUCAAUGCGGUCGUUGCCACCCUCCCCAUCCUCUACCAAUGGACCUCGGCCAACUGCGCAGGAUAUACCAAGCGCGCGUUUGCGAGUGCGCUCGUCGCGGGCUCCUUCUCGGUCGGGAACAUCAUUGGUCCUCAGACGUUCCAGGCACGCGAUGCACCGGGCUAUCACCCUGCCAAGAUUGCAGUGCUGGCAACGCAGGCUGCUGCGUCGGUGCUCUCGGUCGUCCUCUUCUUGUAUUAUAUGUGGGAGAACAAACGCAGGGAUCGUGCUGCGGGAGGGCAGGAGGAGCAGGCGCAGGAUGACACCAGGUGGGCUGGGUUGACGGAUAGGGAGAACAAGAAUUUCAGAUAUGUUUACUAG